AUGAACCCUUAUCACCAUCAUCAUUACAUCUUAACAAGAAUAAUUGAAGACUAAGAUGAUUUAUCCUCUGUAAAAUAAGAAGAAUGUUCACAAUUUCAAUAUUAUGAAGAUCAACCUUAAUUUAUUACUUAUGAGAAUUCCAAUCUUUGUUAAAUUGUUUCUUCAAUACUUAACUUAAAUGAAGAUUAUCUUGAUUGGAUAGCUCAUAAUAAACCUAUUGAAUUUGAAUCAAUGAUACUCAAAGCUAAACGCAAAUUUUAUAGAGAUAAAGCUAAAUUUCGUAUGCAAAUCUUAUAACCUCAUCUCUAUUCAAAUCAACAACCAUAAGAACCAAAAAAGGCAAAAAGAGGUAGAAAGCCUAUUAAGUGUGUUGAAAAACAAUUUAUUGAAGAUAAUAGUGAUCAGUAUCACUUAUAUUUAUUCUAGUGAUAAAAAAACGAUACAAAUGAUAAGAAAUCGAAUUUCUGCAUAAAACUCUAGAGAUAGAAAAAAAACAUAUCUCUAAGAACUUGAAUAAAGUAGUGCUCUUACAAAUAAAGAAAAUCAUUUAAUUCUUAAAUAAAUUUAAGAACUUUUAGUUUCUAAUCAAGAAAUUGAAUAAUAAAAUAAUAAUAUUCUCAAAGUAAAAUCUCUCAUCUAUUUCUAGUGUAUUAAAGUCUUUAAAUAAUAAUGUUUAGAAUCUGAUGAAUUAUUUGCAUUAGAAAUUCUUAAAUAAUUAGACUAAUUCUAAAGUGACACUGAAUCAACUGCCUCAAAGAAAGUUAAAUUAAAUUGA